GUGCGGAAUUCCCUCCGGGGGCACCGAAGCACCUCCGAGAGCAGCGUCUCGGAAGCCAACGCCGAGCGGAUUGUCCACACUCUGUGCAGGAUGCGAGGGGCGGCUCUCAAGAUCGGCCAGAUGUUAAGCAUCCAAGACAGCUACUUCCUCAGCCCCCAGCUGCAGCAGGUCUUUGAGCGAGUCCGGCAGAGUGCAGAUUUCAUGCCACCCUCGCAGAUGAUGGGGGUGCUGUCCGAAGAACUGGGCACGGACUGGCGUGAGCAAGUGGCCUCCUUCGACGAAAUGCCUUUUGCUGCUGCCUCUGUGGGGCAGGUGCACCUGGGAGUGCUGAAGGACGGGAUGGAGGUGGCAAUGAAGAUCCAGUACCCUGGAAUUGCCCAGAGCAUCCGGAGUGACAUGGACAACCUCCUGUCGGUACUCAGGAUGAGCACGAUGUUCCCAGCAGGCCUUUUUGCAGACAGUACCCUGCGGGUCCUGCAGGAGGAGCUGGAGAGGGAGUGCGACUACGAGCGGGAAGCCAGCAGCACCAAGAGGUUCAGGCAGCUUCUGGAAGGCGACCCUUUCUUUGAGGUGCCGGAGGUGGUGGACGAGCUCUCCACCAAGCGAGUGCUGUCUAUGGAGCUGGUGGGGGGAAUCCCGCUGGACCAGUGCCAGGAAUUGGACCAGGAGGCUCGCAACGAGAUCUGCUCCCAGAUCCUCCGCCUUUGCCUCCGGGAGCUCUUCGAAUUCCGGUUCAUGCAGACGGACCCGAACUGGGCGAACUUCUUCUACGACGCGGAGAGGCACAAGGUCACCCUGCUGGACUUCGGAGCUAGCCGGGAUUUUCGUAAGGAGUUCACUGACCACUACAUUGAGGUGGUGAGAGCCGCUGCUGAUGGCGACAGAGAGAAAGUGCUUCAGAAGUCAAAGGACCUGGGAUUCCUGACGGGAUUUGAAAGCCAGGUCUUUGAAGCGGCCCACGUGGAUGCGGUGAUGGAGCUGGGCAAGGCCUUCUCGGCCCCGGGGCCCUUUGACUUCCGCGCCCAGGACACCACCCGCUGCGUCCAGGACCUGAUCCCUGUCAUGCUGGAGCACCGCCUGUGCCCGCCCCCAGAGGAGAGCUACUCCCUGCACCGCAAGAUGGCCGGGGCCUUCCUCCUCUGUGCCCGUCUCGCUGCCGCCGUGCCCUGCCGGGAGAUGUUUGAAGAGGCCUACAGCCGGUACACGGGCCAGAAAGGUGCCGCCCAUUCGGCAGAGGAGCAGGGGGAGGCCCCUUCCAGGCUGGGCUGAGGGUCUCCGCCACUUCCACGUGGUCCCGGCUGCCUUGGCCCUCAGGUGGCCCCCCGUGUCUGCAGCGCCUUCUGAGAGGUCAGCUCCCUGUAAGGAGUGAAGAGGGCCGGCCUCCGUCCCCUCCCUGGGCCAGGAACCAGCCUUCCUCUCCCAGGAAACCCUGCUGCUUCGGGGCCGCAAGCAAAGCCUUCUCUGCCGCGUUUCUGUGGGAAGCACGGGGGGGGCUGUGGGUUGCCCCACAGGGGAAAGGACAACGGACUCCGGGGCUGCAGAGGGAAGAGAAAAGGGCCUUUUGUCACUGGGUGUCUUGUCCGGGUGUCCGUUGCGCAGCUCUGGGUAAACUGCUGCCCUCUAGAUAGGCUGGGCUAUCACUCCCAUCUUCCCCAGCCAGCACGGACCACAUUCUGGAGGAGCUCUGCAGGAGAGCAGAGUGUCCAGGCUGCCCUGCCGGAGGGGGUGAUGGCUCCCGUGUAGGAGCAUCAGCAACAGGCUGACCAGCCCCCCCCCCAACUCGCAAUGGGGGGGGGGAGCCCCCUUGCCUUUGGUGUCAUCCCUUCUGGCCGGUUUACCUCUCAAGAGCUUUUGUGGGGGCCACCUGACCUCUGGGUUUGUGGAAGGCUGGCCAGGAGCCAGAAUAAAGACAACUGACCAUCUCGGAGGCUGUAGAUGAAAUGGGGCUGAGCCACCCCAAGGCUCCUCCAGGGGAUGGGGGGGGCAGCCUUUCCGU